AACUGACGCGGGGCCGUCUCACCAGCGCAGCCAGGGUAAGGGAGGUUUCUCCGGCUGCUGCUGCCGCGACACGGGGCUUUUCCGCCUCUAUCAGCUCCGUACGGCAGGGCCGGGAGCCCAGCGGAAGGCUGAAACUCUGUGGGCAUGGCCUUGGAUACAAGGAGCUUUUUCUCCUCUGGAAAAUUUGGGCAAAGGUAGCACCAACUGGUUGCUAUCCUGAACAAUAAAGCUGUGUAAGUCAAUUGCAGGAUCAAGAUGUGGACAAAAUGGCUGAGAAAAGGAAGAUAUUUAUCUCUUUGUCAUGGCAGAAUAUGACAAGCUGUGGUGUACCUGGAGAACUGGAAAUAGUUGAGGUGGGGAAGGAGUUCUGGUGGUCACCUCGUCCAACCUCUGCUUCAGCUAGGCCACCCACAUUAGAGUGCCCAGGCCUCCAUCCAGGUGGCUUCUGGAGAUCUCCAGGGAGAUACAGAAGAGAAUGGGAAAAAUGACAGCAAAAAUACUUUCCUGUAAGAUCGCAACAGCAUUUCUUUCUUUAAUUAUUGCAGAGAAAUGCGGAGCUUAUGAUGUGAUGUUCAAGCAUAGUCUUGUGCCUGAUGGGCAGCCUCUUGUUAUUAAAUGUUCACUGGAAAAGAGCUUCAAUUUUAAAAGUGGAGACUGCAACUUAACAUGGUAUAAAGUUGGUAACCAAACUGCAGUGCCUAGAGACAAACUUUCUAGAAUUCAUCAGCAGAAGAGUUUAAUUUGGUUUCUCCCUGCAAUAUUAGAAGAUUCUGGAAAUUAUGAAUGUGUCAUAAGUUGCAGAAAUUUGACAAGCUGCAGCAAAAUGUCUACAGAAGUAACAGUUUUUGAGAGGACCAAUGGCUUAUGCUUAAAUGAAAAAUUUGCUGUAGAGGAGGUGGUAUUCACUUCGUCAUCUGCAAAGCUUGUGUGUCCACACUUGGAUCACUUCAGGAAUGAGGAAAAUAAUCUACCUGUUCAUUGGUAUAAGGACUGUCAGCUACUGGAAGGAAAAAGAUUUGCCUUCUUAAACAGUGACCUUGUGAUUUUCAAUGUGACUGUGCAAGAUCAAGGAAACUAUACAUGCAAAACAACAUAUACCUAUAAUGGAAAGCAAUAUGACAUUGCACGAGACAUAAGAUUGAUUGUAGAAGUGAGCCCACCAAAAAUGCCCCCAGAAAUAUCUUAUCCACAGAACAAUUCAAUUGAAGUGGAACUUGGUUCACUGGUCACAGUGGAUUGCAAUACAACUGGUGCUGAUGGGUUUGAGGUGUUUUGGACAGGCAACGGUGUGUACAUUGAUGUGUUUUAUGUGAGCAGAAUUUUUGCAAAGCCCAAUAACGAGGAAACUGCUUACGAUGGACGCCCUAUGUAUUCUGUGAAGCUCAUAAUUUCAGAAGUGCAUAGUGAAGAUUAUGAACAACCAUUCAUCUGUCAAGCUUCAAAUGCCUUUGGACAGGUUGCAUCCUAUAUUAUAUUAAAACACAGAGUUCCUGAUGUACAAAGAUGGCUGACUGGAGUGUUUGUCUCUUUCUUACUGUUAACGUUUAUUAUUCUGAUCAUCUAUAAGAUUUUCAAGAUCGACUUGGUGCUUUGGUAUCGUAAUUCUGGAUGUGCCUUUGUAAGUAAGGAAGACGGAAAAAUCUACGAUGCAUGUGUCCUGUACACAAAAGGCUGUGAAGGCAGCAACUUCUAUCGUCUGGAAACCUUUGUUCUUAGAAUACUCCCCAACGUUUUAGAGCAACAGUGUGGAUAUAAUCUCUUUAUAUUAGGAAGGGAUGACCUACCAGGAGAAGCUGUGGUCAGCAUUGCUGAUGAAACCUUCAAGCAAAGCAGAAGACUGAUGAUUAUUUUGGGAUCUGAAACAUUUAGUUGCAUCCAGUUGGAAGACGCCUCUGAACAGCAAUUAGCUUUGUAUAGUGCUCUUAUCCGUGAUGAGACUCAAGUGAUUCUUAUAGAAAUGGAUGGAAUGCAGGACUACACAAGCAUGCCAGAAUCAAUCAGAUAUAUUAAGCAAAAGCAUGGGGCAAUCCAGUGGAAAGGAGAUUUCUCAGAGAAAUCUUGUUCAGCAAAUACAAGAUUCUGGAAAAACGUGCGCUAUCAAAUGCCAGCCAAGAAAAAAGUGUCGUUUUCUGAAGUUUAUUUGUCACCUCAAACUUUGAACAAUUCUGCAGCAAAGAGGAAUUAAGAUCUACUUACUAAAAUAGUACUGAGAAGGUAAUUUGGAAAUAUGUUUUCUACACAAAUUCUUUGUAUUACAAACAGAGCUUUUUUUGGUCAAGAAGUAAAAACUGCUCAUCUCUUCCUGAAAUUACACCUUAAAAGGAAAACUGUGCAACUGUGUUUCUGUUUCAGCUACAAAUAAUGGCACAACUUACUCAGGCUUAUGCCUGAAUUAAGCAUUGUGGAUGUUGGUAUACUGUUCAGGAGUGGUAAUCCACAUUAGUUUAAUGUCCACUGAAGAAUCAACUGUGAGGUCUGUUUGUUUUCUAAUUCAAACUGCUGUUGAUGUUUAUGUAGACUGCAUUUUCCUAGCAGUUCUGUUCCUCUUGUUUUUGCCCCUCCAGAAUUAUCUGACCUCAUUACCGUAAAAAUCUGUACUGUGCAAGUUUUGGAGUCCACUCUUGAGUAACAAGCCUUACCCUUGCAGGGGAUAGGGAAAUACUGGGGAGAUUUGAAACGCCUCACAGUUCUGCAUGCAUUUCAGUUGAACCAGUGAUUACCAAAUAUGCUUAACAAAUGGAGUGGAAUUCAUGAAUUCUCACACAUUUAUUAAAUAAUUCUCUAAUACCUGGUUUGUGGAGUGUUUCUAAACUUUGUCCCUUGAAAUGGUCAGGAAACUGAAAAUAUUUAUGACUUCUUUCAAAAGGGAAGCUUUCUAGACUUUGUUGCUAUUCAGGAAAACAUGUUCUCAUUCUGUUUCUCACCUGUAUUAAGUGCAAACCUAGAAAUUUCACUCAGUCUGUCAAUGGACUGUAGUUGGGCAGGGCAUUCUUGGGAGUGGAAAGUGUCCAGUUCUGAAACCUGAUUAGGAGUUGAUGGCAAGAGAUGAUAAUAAUUUGUGUACUUGUGAAAGAAAAAAAGUAGAGGUGUGUGGCUAUCUCUGUUUGCUUGGAAGUAGUUCUGUAUUUUUGGAUACUAACCCAUUGUUCUGUGUGCACUGCUGUGUAAAAGGGAUGAGUCACAAUGGUCUGAAAUUGCAGCUAUUUUCAUUCACCAUCCCUGAAGAGUGUCAUCUGAAUGCAGACAUGAAUUCUGCUUGCUUUAUAGGUGUUCUUAUCUAAAAUUGAGCAGGUUCUUAAAUUAUCUUUAUUACCAACAUGGCAUCUGUCACAGAAUCCUUUCAGCUGAUUCUCAUAAGUGUGCAUACUUUGGAAUAUGUACAUGGUUGGGCUUUAUUUAUGAAGAUGAGAGAGAAGGAAUGGCCCAGGAGUGUAACAUGUAUUAAAGGAAAUAUUUGCAGU